AUGGAAACAGAAGCUUCAAGCACUGAUCCUACUAUCCCAACUCAUACAAAAGCUUGGUUCUACUCAGAACAUGGAAAACCAUUAGAUAUUCUAAAAUUACAUCCUAAUUGGUCUAUACCACAACUCAAACAUGAUCAACUUCUCAUUAAGGUUGUUGCUGCUUCCCUUAAUCCUGUUGAUUACAAGAGGAUGCAUGCUUUGUUCAAGGACACUGACCCUCAUCUACCUAAGAUUGUACCAGGCUUUGAUGUUGCUGGUGUAGUGAUUAAAGUGGGAAGUGAAGUGGUGAAAUUUAAGGUUGGAGAUGAAGUAUAUGGUGACAUCAAUGAAGAAGGACUUUCAAACCUAAAGAGUCUUGGAACUUUGUCUGAGUAUACAAUAGCUGAAGAGAAACUAUUGGCUCAUAAGCCAAAGAAUCUAAGCUUCAUUGAAGCUGCUAGUGUUCCUUUAGCUAUGGAAACUGCUUAUGAAGGACUUGAAAGAGCUGAGUUUUCUGCUGGAAAAUCUAUUCUUGUUUUGGGAGGUGCUGGGGGAGUUGGAAGUUUUGCUAUUCAGCUUGCCAAGCAUGUUUAUGGUGCAUCUAAGAUAGCAGCAACUUCUAGCAGUGGAAAACUCCAACUUUUGAGGAAUUUAGGAGUUGAUUUGCCAAUUGAUUAUACAAAGGAGAACUUUGAAGAUCUUCCAGAAAAGUUUGAUGUGAUUUAUGAUUUAGUAGGGCAAGUUGAUAGAGCUUUGAAGGCAAUUAAGGAAGGUGGAAAAAUUGUGUCAAUAGUACCUCCUGGAUUUUCACCAGCUAUAUUUUUUGCGCUUACUUCUAAAGGAUCUAUUCUAGAGAAGUUAAGACCUUACUUUGAAAGUGGUCAAUUGAAGCCAAUUCUUGACCCUAAAACUCCAGUACCAUUUUCUGAUGUCAUUGAAGCUUUUUCCUACUUGGAAACCUCAAGAGCAGUUGGAAAAAUUGUCAUUCAUCCCAUACCCUAA